AUGUCUUCUUACACAUUGCAAGAGAAGAAAGAACAUGAUGCCUCUCACCUGGAGCACGUCUCCCUCAAUGACGGCAGCAAGAGUUCCUAUGAUGGCGCCGAUCAGGGAGAGAACAAGAUCAACUUUUCGUUUUUCAUGACCAUGGUGGGCUUAGCUCUGGCCUUUAUCGUAGCAGAAGUCACGCCUCUGUUCCUGGUUACUUGUUUCACCAUCAUUGCAGCCGAUCUAGACGCGCUCGAUCAAGUCAUUUGGAUCCUUGUGGCUCCCUACAUUGCUACUGGAGCCAUUGCGCCAUUCGUGGGGAACCUGUCGGAUGUGAUGGGCCGAAGGGGAAUCAUCCUGCUUAGUCUGGUCCUGGUGGUCGUCGCGUUCAUCCUCCAGGCGGCGGCGCCCAACUUCGCUUGCUACUUGGCCGGAGGUGUGAUAGCCGGAGCUGCGAUUGGUAUCCAGAUCAUGUCCGUCAUAGCAGCAGCUUCGGAGCUUGUUCCUAUGCAUAAGCGAGGAGCCACUAUUGGAUAUCUAGCAAUGGCCAUUAUUCCUUUCGCUCCAGGUUCCCUCUAUGGCCAGUUGAUUGCCGAGCAUAGCUGGCGCUAUAUCUACCUGCUCCUCGCGAUCGUCUCAGUACUGGCAUUCAUCGUCCUCUUCAUAUUCUACCGCCCUCCACCUCGUCCCCUUGCGGCUGGAAUGACCAAGAUGGAGAUUUUGAAGCGAAUCGACUAUGGAGGCUGCGUCCUGAGCAUUCUAGGAGUCGUGAUGUUUCUCAUCGGUAUUAACUGGGGAGGGGGUGACUACGCAUGGGGCUCCGCGCGUGUCAUCAGCUUUUUGAUCCUUGGUGUGCUCAUCAUGGUUGUCUUCGUCCUUUACGAGCGAUACGUGGUCAAGUAUCCGAUGUUCCCGAUGCGCCUGAUCCAGUCGAAGCGACACUUCUUCGCUGUUUCCGUGCUCUGCCUGGUUUCCGGAGUGAAUUACGUUCCUCUAACCGUGUUCUGGACCAUCCAAGUUUACACGGUAUAUGAGGCAAGUUUUCAACAAGCUGGGGUUUUCCUGCUGCCUCUCGGACUCUGCAUUGUCGGCGGCUCUAUCAUGAGUGCCAUCAUGAUCUCUGUCUUUCGAAGGCAUGUACAGUGGGUCCUGCUGCUGUUCUGCGUAUCACAGACAACAGGUAUCGGCUGCAUGGCGUUGUUUGACAAAGACAACAUCAACACGGUGUGGGCGCCAAUGGUCAUCGGGUUGAUCGGAGUUGGCGGAGUGCUGUUGCCAUCUCAGGUUGUCUUCUCAGUCAUCUGUCCAGAUGAUCUGAUCGGCACCAGCGUGGCGCUCUCGGUGGUGGUUCGAAUGAUUGGCCAGGUAAUUGGCAAGAGUAUGUUUUACAACAUUUUUCGGUCAGAGGUCACUGCUCUGGCCAGCAACCCUGACAAUCUGGACAUCAUUGCGAUCCCGGCGCUUGAAGCAGGGUUUCAAAACGCCGAACGCAUCCGCGUGUUGGUGAACCAGCUGACUGCCGGACCUCUGCAAUUCUACGUCGACCGAGGCUUGUUUCCAGAAAUCACAUCUUCAGAAGCCGUUGCGACUCUGGUUGCAGGUGGCAAGGAAUUGUACAGCAGGGCUUUCCCUCUGCUUUAUCUGAUCUCCAUUGCAUGGGGAGCUAUCGCGAGCAUCUCGUGCGUUUUGCUGUGGGGUGUUGAUAAGUAUAUCGAUGAGCACACUGCAGUACACUUGUGA